CCUUGCUCUAGAGGUGCCCCCUACAACAACAUACAACCUUUUCGAUGUUUUCUUAAACAAAAAAUUGUUAAAUGUUUCCUCCUUUUUUCCCAAAAGAGAGUCCAAGACGUGAUCUGUGAUAGUCCGUAGGUAGGGACCAGGCAAAUAGCUAUGUCGAACCACUGCAGAUCGUUUAAGGAGCCCUGCCCAUAUGCUCGGCCUCGAUUCGGUUGGCAGAUGUCCAAUAGAGCGACGAUGCCUGAGACUUGGAGUCCCGCGGGGAAUUCCGAACUACGAAUCAGUUCAAAAAACUAUCGGGGUAUGCCACCCAAAGAUAGCAGGAGUUGUGGAGGACAAAUCGUUGAUCGCCCGGAUGCCGCUCAAAAUAUUCCUCGAGAACAGAAAAAGCAGCAAUUAACUCAGGAAUAUUCGGAGCCAGUUCUCCAAGAGUUCCCGGAAUAUGGAAACUACAGUAGCCAUCAAUCACCUUGGCACUUUUGGGAACCCUGCCGAUGCUGUGGACAACAGCUACCACCACCACCGCAGAGAUGCAGAGGACAGCAGCCAUCAGCACCACCGCAGAGAUGCCGCGGACAGCAGCCACCGGCACCACCGCAGAAAUGCCGUGAACAGCAGCCACCAGCAGCACCGCAGAAAUGCCGUGGACUGCAGCCACCACUAUCACCUCAGCGGUGCUAUUGUCAGCAUCCACCACCACAACCUCAGAGGUGCUAUGAACAGCAGCCACAACCACCGCCACCUAAGAGGUGCUUUUGCCCGGACAAUCCACCACCUGAGAGGUGCUGUUGCCCGGACAUUCUACCUCAAGGAUGCCGUUGCCCAAACAAUCCACCACCACCUCAGCCAUGCCGUUGCCCGGACAAUCCGCCACCACCUGAGAGGUGCUGUUGUCCGGACAAUCCGCCACCGCCAAAGAGGUGCUGUUGCCCGGACAUUCCACCACCACUUGAGAGGUGCUGUUGUCCGGACAAUCCGCCACCGCCAAAGAGGUGCUGUUGCCCGGACAUUCCACCACCACCUCAGAGGUGCUGUUGUCCGGACAAUCCGCCACCACCAAAGAGGUGCUGUUGCCCGGAUAUUCCACCACCACCCCAGAAAUGCUGUUGUCCAGACAAUUCGGCACCACCUGGGAGGUGCUGUUCCUCAGACAAUCCGCCACUACCAAAGCGGUGCUGUUGCUCAGGCAAUCCCCCACCGCCUCAGAAAUGCUGUUGCUCGGACAAUCCGCCGCCUGAGAGGUGCUGUUGUCCGGACCAUCCGCCACCACCUGAGAGGUGCUGUUGUCCGGACAAUACGCCACCACCUGAGAGGUGCUGUUGUCCGGACCAUCCGCCACCACCAAAGAGGUGCUGCUGUCAGGACAAACCACCGCCACAUCAGAAUUGCUGUUGCUCGGACCAUCCGGCACCACCUCAGAAAUGCUGUUGCCCGAACGAUACGCAACCACCUAAGAAAUGCUGUUGCCCGGACAUGCCGCCGCCACCACAGAAAUGCUGUUGCCAGGACACUUUCAACUGUAGAGGAAAAAGACUGCGCAAAAGAAAGAGCUGCAGGCGGAUGAAAUGCUACUCAUGCGAGUGCAUGUGCGUAGUGACCCACGAAGUAAGUGUCCAAACCGAGCCUGAACCUCCUUGCCCUGAACCUCCGGUUCCCGAUCGAAUUGAGAUCAUCGAUGUGACGACACAGGAAAGGGAGGUGAGACACCGUAAUGGCGAGGUGGAGGUUCUAGUUGAUGAAAUACAAACCGUCACAGUUGUCCCGAACGAUGGCAGUAAGCCCACAAAGAGUCAGGUAACGAGUCGCGUCGUGUCAUCCAAUCCCGAUGAUCCCCAACGCGUUCAGACCCAUUUCAAAGAAGAGAUCGAUCCUGACUCAAUAGUUGUUCCUGACAAGGCAAUGAGAUAUUCGGUACUAGAGCCGAUAAUGACAAACCUAAAGGAUCUACCCACACCACCAUCGGGCUAUGCAUCACCAUCGGAAACGAAGGAUCGCCGCGUCUAUCGCACUAAUGAGCAAUUUGAGAAGGAAAAUGAGUACAAUUAUGGGAAGAAGGUGACCAAGACAGUAAUGGACGAUCCCGAAGAGUUUAGGGACUCAAAGAUCACUUCGUCCGUCACCUCAAGUCCGCCAUCCAGGCGACAAGGGUCCAAACGUUCUCCCAAGAUAAGCUCGCCUUCCAACAGGGAACUGCUAUCAUCGAAGCAAAAGAAAAACUCUAAUGGGAACUACAGUCCAUCUAAAAGGCCCGUUUUCAAAUUUAAUACAGAGGAAAUUGUAAACAAGGAGGAUAUCAAGGAUCUGAAACAAACGGCUAAUCCGGUGGCUUUCAAACCUAUUAGGCUGGACUCGGGAGAGCCAACGAAGUCCCCCAAGAAGGUAGACUACUCGGAUGGGCCUGUGAUUAAACAAUUCCACAUUUUGAAUCAGGACUUUGAAGAGCAAUCGGAAACAGAGGAAAUUAUAAGGAAGGACGAUAUCAAGGAUGUAAAGCAAACGGCUAAGCCGGUGGCUUUCAAAACUGUUUCGCUGGACUCGGGAAAGCCAACGAAGGCUUCCAAGACGGUAGACAACUCGAAAGACCAAGCGAAGGUAGCACACUCGCAUGCUGUAUUGGUUCACCAAUUCGAAAAGUUAAAUCAGGAUUUAGAAGAGCAACCGGAAGCCCCCAAGGUAAUAGAAGAUCCGGAUGGGAAUUUAGUGCUCAAACCAGUGGCCUCUGACUUCAGUCAGAUUAGCACGGUUCACGUGAAGGUGACCAAUAGACAGCAGACACUUUCGCAGAAGGCCGGUAGAAAAUCCAUCCACCAGGAUGCUGUUUUCGAGACCAAGAUUUCCGAAUUGCGACUCUUAAGUCCUGUUAGUGAGGAAGAAUCCGAGCCAGAACCCACGCCCACUCCCAGUCCCGAACCUGAGCCCGAACCUAAGCCAAAGUGCAGGAUAAGAAUGGAUAUGAAAAACGCUUAUCCCUCGAACGAUAUUGUUUGCAGAAGGAAGAUAAAAUGUUGCGUACCGAACUGCAGAGUGCCAUGUGGAUCGGGAUAUGGAGCUUGCUGUGGAGCGGGAUGUGGUGCUUGCUAUGGAACGGGAUGUAGAACUGGAUGUGGAACUGGAUGCAGAGCGGGACGCAGGGCGGGACGCAAAAGCCAUUACCAGCCCCGCAACGAACCCUGCUCCAGUUCUAUCUAUCCACCGUACAUACCAUCGGUAUGUACCAUGCAGUUCGUUCCCAUCGGAUUUACAAACUAUUGUGACAGGUGAUAGAGGUGCUCAUAGAAAUAGUAAACGUAAUAGUAAUAAAUUUUUUGUUGAA